AUGCGCGAGCCAAACAAAAUGGCGGCAUCGAGUGGUGGUGGAGUUGUGUUGGAGUGGCGGGAGCUGGAGAGCGACCCCGGGCUCUUCUCGCUGCUCAUAGAAGACUUUGGAGUCCGCGGUGUUCGGGUGGAGGAAGUCUACGACAUCUCCACGCGGCUGAGCGGGAAACAAGUCUACGGUUUCGUGUUUCUCUUCCGCUGGGAGGGAGACAGACGCGCUAGGAAGAAGUCCCUGGCCACCUACGACACGUUUGUGACCGAGGAAGAGGUGGUGAAUCGGAUCUUCUUCGCCAAUCAGGUCGUCACGAACUCGUGCGCAACGCACGCGCUUCUCAGCGUCCUGCUAAACUGUCCUAGGAGCCUACAGCUGGGCUCGCUACUCACCGAGUUCAAGAGUUUCACGGCGGGUAUGUGCCCCGAGGACAAGGGGCUCGCCAUUGGAAACGUGGCUGAGCUGGCGAGGGCACACAACAAGCAUGCCAAGCCGGAGCACGUGACUCCACAGGUGAUAAACAGGGGCAGGUCCUCCGUGGUGUCUUCUGCGCACGCACUCCAGCCAGAGACCUACCAUUUCACCAGCUACGUCCCGAUCAGCGACCGACUGUUCGAACUAGAUGGACUCAAAGACUACCCUAUAGACCACGGCCCGUGGGGCGAACAGGAAGAGUGGACCGAUCUCUUCCAGAGGAUAAUCUCCCACAGACUCUCAAAGGCAGAGAACAUUCUGUUCAACUUGAUGGCCGUCGUCCCCGACCCAGUCCCGCAGCUGUCUCGAGAGCUGCGCUGCCUCCACGACCAUCAGAAGGAGCUGCUGCAAGCGGCUCUCUCCCUGGCUAAGAAAGAGGUGGAGGGAGGGAGGUUUCUUGUAAAUGGUACUUGCAAAGACGGUGAUGAUGCACCGUUGGACGAGGAAUACGCCAGAGAGUGCAAGUUGCUGGAGGAGGUCUCGAAGAACGAGCUCACAUCCGAAGAGGAAGUGGAGAGGUUGUGCGAGCUUGCAGAAACGGUGGAUAAAACUCAGGCCGAGAGACUCAGGAUUGCCGUUGCUCGCGUGGUGCAAAACGACCUCCACCUGGAAGCGACAAAACUCAAACUGAACGAGGAGAUAGAGACGAAGCAGCGCUACAGAGUCGAGUUCUCACGGAGAACCCACGACUACUACCCGUUUAUCACUCAGUUCCUGAAGAUGCUGGUGCACAACGAGCAGCUCCCGGCGAGACUCUUGCGCAAGCCGUCGGCCUCCCAGGAGGGACGUCGCGGGAGUGGCUCUGUAUGCCGCAGAAAGAGACCGCCUCGACAGAGACCCUCCAAAUCAAAAACUACACUGCUACUGAACGGGACCAGAGUCACUUCUUGA